UCGCUCUGCAGCGUCUCCUAGCAACCGGGGCGGGGCGCCGGGAGCCGCGCGGAGAUGGAGCCUUCGCGGGGUCGCGCGGCAGCGGCCCUGCUGUCAGAGUCCUUGCCCGGCCGGAGGCGGCGCGAUGGUGAGGGGGCGCGGGGGGCGCCGGAGCCCACACAGCAGGGCAGCAGUUGGGCCAAGCGCCUGCUGGGCUUCGAAUGGGCUGAUGUGUCCAGCUGGCACCGCUUCGUCUGCCUGCUCAACAGACCCACGGAUCCGGCCUCCCUGGGCGUCUUCCGCUUCCUGUUCGGGUUGCUGAUGGCCCUGGACAUCCCCCAGGAGCGCGGCCUGAGCUAUCUGGACCAUAAGUACCUGGACGGGCUGGAGGUCUGUCGCUUCCCCCUCAUCAACUUCCUGGAGCCCCUGCCGCUGGACUGGAUGUACCUGCUCUAUGCGGUCAUGCUGCUGGGUGCCCUGGGGAUCAUGCUGGGCUGCUGCUACCGGAUGAGCUGCCUGCUCUUCAUGCUGCCCUAUUGGUACGUCUUCCUCUUGGACAAGACGGCCUGGAACAACCACUCCUACCUCUACGGCCUCCUCGGUUUCCAGCUCACCUUCAUGGACGCCAAUCGCUACUGGUCCAUCGAUGGGCUCCGGCACCCCCGAAAGAGGAAUGCCCACGUGCCCCUGUGGAACUACACGGUAUUGCGCAUGCAGAUCUUCAUCGUCUACUUCAUUGCGGGCAUCAAGAAGCUGGAUGCUGACUGGGUGGAGGGCUACUCCAUGGGGUCGCUGUCCCGUCACUGGCUCUUCGACCCCUUCAAGCUGGUGCUGUCUGAGGAGAUGACCAGCCUGCUGGUGGUGCAUGGUGGAGGCCUGAUGCUGGACCUGACGGCUGUUACCCUGCUGGUCUUUGAUGCAACCCGCCCGGCAGCACUCUUUGUCUCCUACUUCCACUGCAUGAACUCGCAGCUCUUCGAUCGGUAAGGGGGCUGGUUUCUCCCCACAGGCAUGUUCUCCUACACCAUGCUUGCCACCAGCCCCUUGUUCUGCUCCCCGGACUGGCCGCGCCGCCUGGGUGCCAGGUUCCCGGCCUGUCUCCGAAGGCUCCUGCCCUCCAUGGAGCCGCCGCAGCCCAGCGAGGCGUGCGUGUACGGGGGGUCCAAGCGCAAGGGCCGGAGCAGGGGGGAGCGAGGGCCGGGGCUCCGCCAGAAGCUGGGGGCCCUCUUCACCGUGCUGUAUGUGCUGGAGCAGCUCUUCCUGCCCUACUCCCACUUCAUUACCCAGGGCUACAACAACUGGACCAAGGGGCUGUACGGCUACUCGUGGGACAUGAUGGUCCAUUCCCGCUCCCACCAGCAUGUAAAGAUCACCUACCGGGAUGGUGUGACUGGGGAGCUGGGCUACCUCAACCCUGGGGUGUUCACCCAGAGCCGACGCUGGAAGGACCACGCUGACAUGCUGAAACAGUACGCCACCUGCCUGAGCCGCCUGCUACACAACUACAACGUCUCGCAGCCUGAGAUCUACUUCGACAUCUGGGUCUCCAUCAACGACCGCUUCCAGCAGAGGCUCUUUGACCCGCAGGUGGACAUCGUGCGGGCCGAGUGGUCUCCCUUCCGCCACACUCCGUGGCUCAAGCCGCUGCUGGUCAACCUGUCCCCCUGGAGGGCAAAGCUGCAGGAGAUCGAGAGCUCGCUGGACAACCAGACUGAGGUGGUUUUCAUAGCUGAUUUCCCAGGCCUGCACCUGGAGAACUUCGUGAGUGAGGAUCUGGGCAACACGAGCCUGCAGCUGCUGAAGGGGGAGGUUGUGGUGGAGAUCGUCAAGGAGCAGAGGAACUACACACUGCAGGAAGGGGACAGGAUGCAGCUGCCCCCGGGCGAGUACCACAAGGUGCACACGGUGUCGCCAGAGCCCUCCUGCUACAUGUACGUCUACGUCAACACCACAGACGUGGCCCUGGAGCGGAACCUGACCCAGCUGCAGGAGCUGCGGGACAAGGUGAAGAACGGCAGCGAGACAGAGCCCCUGCCCCCAGAGCUGCAGCCCAUCCUAGAUGGUGCCUUGGGGGACGCCAUGCAGACAGACCCCGUCGUCCAGGCCUUCGUGCGGCGCCAGCAGCGAUUGGAGGAGUUGCAGAGACGGCGAAACGCCACGCUCAGGGAGCGGCUGCAGCGCUUCGCCGCCAGGAAGUACUUCCUAUUCCGCCGGAGCUUCCUGAUGACCUGUAUUUCGCUCAGGAACCUGGCGCUGGGGCGCCCGUCCCUGGAGCACCUGGCACGGGAGGUGGCCUACGCCAACAUGCAGCAGGAGGCGGGUGCAGCAGGGACGGAGGUUCAGAAGGAGCCAGAGCGGGCUGAGCUCUGAUCCUAGGGGGGACGGCCCAAGGGACACAUUGCAGACGAGGGAUUCCCCUCCCCCCAUAAUCUCAGCUGAUCGCCCAGUCUAUCCG